CGAUGUCGUGGUAAUUGAGAAAGCGCAAUUGCCUGAAUUUACCUCUGAAAAUAAUUUUCAACAACCGAGCUUCAGAAUUUGCCUGAAAAAUCCCAGUAAUUAGUUCAUUCAGACCGGAAGACGAUGGUGAUGAUGAUAAUGAAGACGAUGACGAUGCAGAGAAGAGCUUCUUCUGCGGCGAUUGUUUCCAUUGCUCGGUCUCACGGAGCAGCGGCUUCAUUAGGUACUCCUGCUCCUGCAGGUUGUACUACUCUUGCAUCAUUCCUCUCUGCAUUCCCAAACCAUAAACCCAAUUUGGCUUUUUAUUCUGCUAUUAGUAGUAAAUUUAAGAGCUCUUCUGAAAAAGCUCUGAAAUUUCAACCUGAAUUAAGGAAUGAUAUUAAUAAUGUCAACAGUCUUGAUGAUGCUCUGAGCUUGUUCGAGCGGAUGGUCUGGAUGAGGCCUCUGCCUUCUGUUAUUCAAUUCAAUCAAAUGCUGACUUGUAUUGUUAAGAUGAAGAAUCAUUAUUCUUCAGUUAUUUCCCUUUUUAGAGAUAUGUGUGUCCAGGGCAUUCCUGUUGAUGAGGCCACCCUUAAUAUAAUGAUUAAUUGUUGCUGCGUUGUGGGCCGAGUGGAUUUAGCAUUUUCUACAUUGUCUGGCUUCUUCAAACGUGGUUUUGUUCCUAAUGUGGUCACCUUUGGCACUUUACUUAAGGGACUCUUCCGAGACCAUAAGGUUCCUGAGGCGCAAGAAUUGUUCAAAAAGAUAAUCAAAGAAAAACUUUGUAAACCCAAUGAAACUAUGUUGGGGAUUGUGAUAGAUGGGCUCUGUAAGGCAGGAAACACUCAAACAGCCAUUGAAUUCCUCAGAGCAACGGAAAAACGAGGAAGUCCUUGUAAACCUGAUGCAAUUAUUUACAAUACUGUCAUUGACAGCUUGUGCAAGGAUAAAAUGGUUGAUGAAGCUCUUGCCCUCUUACAGGAGAUGAUUGAAAAGGACAUUCCCCCGAAUGUUGUCACUUACAGUUGUUUGAUUCAGGGUCUGUGCAGCUUAAGCAGAUGGAAGGAUGUUGACAAGCUCUUUGCUGAGAUGAAGGCUUAUAAAAUUGUUCCAAAUGUUAUUACUUUUAAUAUAGUGGUGGAUGCACUAUGUAAGGAAGGGCAUAUAGAAGAUGCUGAAGAGGUAGUCCAGAUCAUGAUCCAGCAAGGUCAAAAUCCCGACCUGGUCACAUACAAUUCGUUAAUGGAUGGAUAUUGUUUACGGAGUCGAAUAGAUGACGCAAGUGGAGUUUUCAAUACCAUGGUUGCUAGCGGCCUUACACCCGAUCUCCAUUGCUAUGGUAUUCUAAUAAAUGCCUAUUACAAGACCAAGAAAUUGGAAGCAGCCAUGAAGCUCUUUCGAGAGAUUCCACAUAAAGGUUUAACACCUGGCAUUGUUAUUUAUAACACUGUGUUGCAGGGGUUAUUUAGUUCAGGAAGGUAUCUUAGUGCACGAGAAAUUUUCAACGAGAUGCAAGCUUCUGGCAUGAAGCCUAAUUUUCACACUUACUGCGUGAUGUUGGAUGGGUUAUGCAAGACUGGACAUAUUGAUGAAGCAUUGCAGUUAUUCCAUGCAAUGGAAACUGAUGGAACAAAUCUUCACAUAGAAAUGUACAAUAUCAUCCUUGAUGGGUUGUGCAAAAGCAAGAGGCUCGAUAGUGCUCGAGAUCUUUUCAACAUUCUCUCCCUUAAAGGAUUGGACCCUAACGUCAUAACAUACAACACCAUGAUUUCUGGCCUGCUUUCAGAAGGUCUGCUCAUCGAAGGUAAAGAGCUCAUUGUAAAAAUGGAAGAGAAGGGUUGCUUGGCAAAUAGUGUUACAUACAAUGUCAUUCUGCAAGGACUCCUUAAGGGAGGUCAUUAUGAUGAUGCAGUGGUCUAUUAUGAAGAAAUGAUUCAUAGAGGAUUCUUGCUGGAUGCAUCUACAUUUUCCAUUUUACUUGAUUUAUCUGCUGAGAAUCAGAACAAUCCUUCUGUGCUAAUGUUGAUGCUGAUGAUUGAUCCCGAUAGCAAGAAGUUCAUGGAUGGGGGACAAAGAGGACCUUCACAUUAGUUGUAACAUGUUGGUCCUGCAGUUUUUUGGCUCCUGAUGUUUAAUUUGCUGGUAGAAAUGUUAAUAAGGUUCACAUUUGAUCCUUUUAUCACUUAUCAUCUUUGUUUAGAGGAGGUCUCUUGGUGAUAUUUUGUGAAAUACCUCAGAGAGCAUCAGUCUGGUGGAGAAGCCGCAUUCCUUAGGCAAGUUCAAUUGUUAGGUGUAUCAGGUCACAGAAAGUUGGUGCAGUUAAUUGGAUUUGUACAACUUCUUCUCAAGACUUCUUCUUUACCUUUUCAUGGAGAACUUCAAUGUGGCAUGUCACUUAAGUGGUGGAGCAGGAGAGGGGUGGAAUCUGAAUUGCAGAGUGUGAAGAUUUGAUGUCAACUCAGACUGGAUAGAGACAAUUAAUCAGACAAAUAAAUAGGUAGACGCCAUAUGAAGAAGGCAAUUGGGAAAGGAGAGAGAAUUGGAGCUGAGAAGGAAUUGAGGGAAUCAAGAGUUCAACUCACCGAUUGUCUUGAAAAUCUAAAGGAAAUCAUUAUAGGUAAUAAUCAAUCAGGAAGUAUCCCUGAUUAUAUUUGUUACAAUCUUCGAAAACUCAGGUGGCUGAAUCUAUAUAUCAAGAAACAAGUUGAAGGGACAAAUUCUAUCCACUUUAGACCAAUGUUCACAAUUUCAGACACUUUCCCUGUGUCUUUCAACAAUUUCACUGGCGUCAUCCCAAGAGAAAUUUGGUACCUGAAGGAGCUUGAGGUGCUGAUUCUUGGCAGGAACAAUUUUGAAGGUGAAAUUCCCAGGGAGAUAGGUAACUCAACUAUGCUGAAGACACUAGACUUGGGCCAUAAAUGGUUAGCAAUAUCACCGAUUCCGAUACGAAUCGGUCGUAGUAACCGAAACGGAAGGGACCGAUACGAUACCGAUCCCCAAAUCGUGGAGAUUACCAUAUCUACGGCGACUCGUUCUAACUCGGCUGAUAUUGGUCGAUUCGAAUAUGUGAUGCUCUGACUUGACCGAUAUAUCCGAAUCAACUCGGA